AUGGCAUGGGACGCAGCGGCCACGGUCGUUAAUAAGGGCGUUACAUCUGGUCGUUUCAUGGUCCCGAAAAAGUUGAUGGACGCAAAAAAGCGGACCAUAAACGAUUCCACGGACUAUGAGAUCACCGUCAUCUUCCAGGAAGGAUGGUGCGGUCCAUGGGAGAAGAAUACUGUGGAUGAAAUCUGUGAAUCAAUGUGCCCGCUCUACCACGGAGGCGCUGAAGCGAUCUAUAAAAUCACUUCCACGGCAGGACAGCUCAGUGCAACUAAAGUGGAGGACGUCAUACCACUGGAUACUCCUACCCACAAAAAUGCAUGA